AAUAACCGACAUUUGGAACCCACAUUAAACGCCUGUCCUCUUCUUCUUUUUUCCCUUCUUUAUUCCUUCCAAAUACAUACAGCCAUCAUGGCAUUUCAACAGCAGCCCAACCGUCCGGCCGUGCAGCGGGCUGCUCGCUCCGCUGUUGGCAGCCAAGGUCUUUCUAGGCGAUCGGCGCGCAGCGCCCAGGAGCAAGAAGCCGACGAGGCGCAGACUUGGGUGCUCUUCUCGCCUCCUACCGAUGUGACCACCACGUCCUAUCUGACCGAAGAUGAGCAUGACGAAUCGUUGGAGACCCCAGGCCGCUCGCGCCUAAGCGACCUCGGCAGCUUAAAUACAGUUGCAAGAACAGGGUCGGCGGCGGCGGCGGCGGCGGCCGGGCGAAAUGAUGAAGCCCAGUCCUCGCAGCUCUCUGCGGCUGUUGACGAAUCACAAGCGGAUGAUGCUGAGCUGGAUAGUCUCGAUGGCCAUCUGCCUGGGUUCAGGUCAUUCCCCCGGAAUAGCUUUGUUAUGCCGGUCCUCCCAGCCCACGAUGGCCUCGGCUCGUUCCACUUGGAUCAACCCGCCCUCGGCUUAGACGCUCAGGACCACAUUUACCAGUUUGAGAGGUUUAACCCCAGACGAGUACGCCGGAGGCUAAACAGCUUUGAUGAGGCUCAGUUUGAAUUGGAGCAAGCGCAAAUCCAGGAGGCAGAGAAGAGGGCACGGAUUGAAGCCUGGCGGCUGGAACAUAGCCGCAUCAUCCUAGAAGAGGUGCAGCGCGAGGCACGGCGAUCAAAGAUAUUGCAGCAGAAGCGGGUCGUUUCACAGAAACCCGUGCCAAAGGCAGAGGAAGUCACCGAGACGGAAGACAUGACUUGGCAUGAGGAAGACCCAGAUACUCACCCAGAAGACAAGGAAGACAGCGAAGGGCUGAUUACGAGAAUCACUCGCAAAGUUUUGCGGGAUAUACUUGGUAUAGAUGAGAAGCUACUAUCCGUGGUACUCGGGGGCGAUCUAUUAAGCGAUGAGGAGCUUUCAAGGACCCCGCGUCCGUCAGAGAGUGGACACGACCAGGAGCCAUCAGCUCCGGAAUCAGAAGAAUCGUGGCAUAUGCGCAUCCUGGAGACAGUAUCAAGAGAGCUUGGCUUGCUGGUCAACCAUCUCUCAAAGCACCCCGGCGCCUUUUCAACGUACUCGCAUGUUCACCAGGUACCUUUGCCUUAUGCCGGUUUGCCGGCCAUACCGGAGGCUGCAGGCGCGCGGGCAUCUUCGUCCGCACGCACAGCAGCAGAUAGGGCCAGCGAGAAUAUAUUUCCAGAAUUCAGACCCACGAUCCGAUCCACUCCGCGAACGACCAACAGACCACCACUGAGGUCAACGGCAUCAGAGGCAUUAUUACAGGAUUUGCCCAUGGACGACACAUUUACUCAAGAGGAGUGGGAGAGGGACAUUGAUAUCAAGCUCAUGUUCCGAUACCUAGUGUCACGCUUUACGUCUAGGCCUGAGCCGACGAUCCCUACCGAGAUGACUACCCGUCCGGUUCCUGCGAAGCCGCAAGACGCUGCCGCUAAGGCUGCCAGAGUAAGGCAGCACCACCCCCUCACCUCCCGGACUCGCCCUAAUGAACGUCGAGCUUUCAAAGCAACUGCACCUAGCAGCCCCGUGGCUAUGCGACAUCACUCCAGCUGUGCCAGCCAGAGCACACGCCGAUCAGCCAGGAGAAGCAGCGUCUCAUCACGACACUACUGGGACAUUGGAGGAUCCAUCGGCACGGGAUCAAUGAUUGCUGCUGCUGCUCCCAAUGCCGCGAUGGGCAGCUGGGGCGAAGUUUAAACCGAAGCGGUGCGGGUUUUUAUCAUCGGGUUUUUAUAUCAUUCGUUCAUUAUCAUCAUUUUCUGGCAUCACUUACAGCGGCAUUACUAGGCGACUAUCACAUUAUUGUUCCCCUCAUUACUAUCAUAUUUUUUAUUCAAGAGCAAGGCGUAAUGCAUUUGUUGGCGAGAUGCAUGAUGUUAAUGAUUUGAGGUCGACC